AUGGCCUCCGGCAGACAGAACCCAUUCCUCAUUCACCUGACGCCCAUGAUGCUGCGCUCGUCAGCCCUCCUGUUCUCCAUCUCCUCCAUGGCUGCAGGACAUCUUGCAGUACUCCGAAAAGACGAGAGUCUCCGGACAGUGGCAUCGAGACACAUGCUCAUGGCCGUAUCAUCACUUCGAGAGUCACUCCAGACAGAGAACCCAGAGCUAUCCCUCGCCACCAUCAUGAUGCUCCAGAUUUCUGACAGACUGUUCAACACGGACAGUCAGAUUGAUCACCUCGCUGGUGCGAAAGCUGUGAUCAUGCACUCAGGAGGACCUAGUAACUGGACGAGCUCUACGAAGCCGCUCUUGAGCAUGACGAAUGUGGCCCCAUUGGAGGGCUUGCACAGCCUAGAGAAGCUUACAUCACUUCUCUCUAUCGUUGGCACAAUCAGCAAAAUGCAGGGGCAGUCGGGCGAAGCACACCAGCGACGAGGCUUCAACAUCAGGAAGAACUUGCUGUCCAUGGACUCGUCCACAGAUGGGGACCAGGACAUCGAGAAUACAAUCCAGGCAUACAGGCAUGCGGCUAUUGUCUAUCUCUACCGAGUCUGGGACGAUGGCACGGAGCCUCCAAAGCCAUUUCAUGCAGAGCAAUGCAUUCAUCAUCUACUGAAGGUCCCAAUCACAUCCUCGUUCUGCUCGGCCCAUGCCUGGCCUCUCUGGACCGCAGGAUGCGAGUCGGUCGAUCCUCAGAACCGGCAGCUCGUUCUCGGAAGAAUCAAAGAAAUGUACGAAAGCAGACGGCUGCCGUCCCUGGUGCGGGUUCAACAAGACAUGGAAGAGGUUUGGGUCGCGAAGGACGCCCAGCGGAUGCAGUUUGGAACGGAAAAUGUGGAUUGCUGCAAGAUGAUUUUGGAUAACCGUCACCGAGAGGCAGACCUAGUCUGA